AUGGCGUCUCAAAAAUUUGCUGCUGCUCUAGCGUCCAUCGAAUCCAUCACCCACCAGCCCACCAAGCUCGAACAAUACAACAACCUCCUCAACGAUAUCGUCUCUCGCUCGUCCGGCGAUGAGCUCGCCCAAGAUAUUGUCUACUACCUGGACUCCAUCCUAAAUGAAGAUAUAAGCAUUGCAUCAGCUCGUCCCCUGCUCGAUUCCUUCAUCGCCGCCCUGCAAAACUUCGAUCCCGAAGUCAAGAUUAAGACCGGACAACACGCUGUCACACUGCUUCAGUCGCGCGCUACAUCAGUAGAGGAACAAGAUUCACAGAUUCGCGAGAUACUUGCAGCAGCAUAUGAGUCACAAGAAGAAUACAGCGCUGCGGCACGGGCGCUUUCGGGCAUCAACAUUGACAGUUCCCAGCGACUGGUCUCCGAUGCGGCCAAGGCGCGACUGUGGAUUCGCAUCGUGCGAUACUACCUGGAGGACGACGAUACCACAAACGCAGAAGGGUUCUUGAACCGUAUCAAGAACUUACCCAGCAAGCUGGAAGACCACGACUCAAAGUUGUAUUUCCAGUUGUCGCAAGCCCGGAUUCUCGAUGCUCGCCGGCGAUUCCUAGACGCCGCACAGGAAUACUUUAAUGUCAGCCUGGCCCCUGGCGUCGAUGAAGGCGACCGACUCGCAGCGCUUUCUGCUGCCAUUCGUUGCGCAGUUCUGGCACCAGCCGGCCCCCAGCGUUCACGCUCCCUCUCCCGUCUGUACAAAGAUGACCGUGCCUCAUCAGUGGAUGAGUUCUCAAUUUUGAAAAAGAUGUUCCUGGACCGCCUUCUCAAUGCUGACGAGGUCGCCGCGUUCUCUAAGAAGCUUGCCCCUCACCAACUUGCUGUGACCGCUGACGGCACGACCGUUCUCGACAAGGCGGUCAUCGAACACAACCUCGUUGCUGCUAGCAAGCUCUACGAAAACAUCAAUGUCGACGCCCUUGGCGAGAUUCUGGGACUCACGUCAUCAGGUGAUCUUUCCGCCGGAGAAAAGGCAGAGGCCUAUGCCGCGCGAAUGGUAGAACAGGGUCGUCUUCGUGGUCGAAUCGACCAAAUCGAUGGGGUCAUCUCCUUUGAUUCGGACCUCGCGGCGGGAUCUGGUGCAAAUGGGUCGAGUCUGCGCCAAUGGGAUCAGGGAGUACAGGAGCUUGCUGAGGAUGUUGAACGUGUUGCAACCAGCAUUGCUGAUCAGUUCCCUGAAUUUGCUACUAGCCAGAUGGUGCAUUGA